AUGUUAUCUUCAUCACAAAUUAAAUGGGAUUGUCCUAAUUGUCAAAUUACUAUAACGGAUUGUUAUAAAUACUGCAAUAAUUGCAUAUCAAUGUUAGUUUGGACGUAUGCUGCCUCUGAAAAAUCUGGCUUGUGCGAGAAUUAUCAUCGACAUCGUGACAGAUGUAAUUAUUGUACACCAGAACUUGAACAAGAAAGACAACAGUUAAAGGAACAAAAGCAGAUUUCAAGAGUUCAAGAACUUCAAAUGUUAUAUGAUGAGCAACCUCCAUGGCCAGAAUGGAGUCGUAGCAAUGAUUCAUGUAUACCACACACAUGGCAUGACAUCGAACAGGUACAAUUGUUAUACAAUACAUUAUAUUCUUCUGUAUACGCAAAGUAUAAUUUAUUACCUGAUGAUAUGGAUGAUGAAACUACAAUAUAUGGACCAGAACAAAGUCGCAAACUAAUUGUCGAUUCGACCUUUAUUGCCAUUUAUCAGCCUGAAGAUUUUGGACAACUUCAUGUAUCUAAAUGUUAUUCGAGUAGUGUACAUGAUAUUAGUAUUUUAAAGGAAUCAGGAUUAUUAGAACAUACACAAGAACACGUUCAAAUUAUUGCCAAUAAUGGAUAUGUUGGUGGACAAUAUGUUGUUACUCCAAAAAAGAAACCUCGUAGUGGUGAAUUAACAGCCGAAGAUAAAGAUUUCUAUCGAUCUAUUUCUAGUGCAAGAGUAGCUAUUGAAAACAUUAAUCAGCGUAUUAAAACAGAUGCUAUUUUAGGAAGUAUUUAA